CCAAACCCCUCUGACACCCCUCGCGCCAGCGCCCAUCCGUGUCAGUGGCAAUGAACGGUAUUUUUAUACGGUUCAGGACCCAUCAGUCCAUGACUUUGCCGUCAGCUCUACCCAAGUAUGGCUUCCGACGACAAGAAACUCCAAGGGAUCGCGCCGUGGGCUGAGCCUGCAUGGAACUAUAUCCAUUCGCCGUACUACAACGAUACACAUCGACGAUUGCGUGAUGGACUGCGCGCGUAUCUCGAAGAAAACAUCUUGCCUUACGCGCUUGAGUGGGAAGAGAAAGGAGAAGCUCCUCGUGAGGCCGCGCUCAAAUGGACCAGAUCCGGUUUUGCUCAUACCGACAUUCCUGCGAAAUACCGUCCCAAGAACCACCCUUUACCAGCCGGUAUCUCUCUAGACAAACUUGAUGCCUUCCAUCUUCUCGUGUCCACUGACGAGACUUCUCGCGUUCCGGCCGGCGGCGUUAUGACGAGCUUGUCCGGAGCCUCGGUCAUUGGCGCACCGCCUAUCGUACAUUGGGGAACGGAGGAACAGAAGCGCAAAUGGCUGCCGGGGCUCUUCACGCUGGAAACAAGCUUCUGCUUAGGCAUUACGGAGCCUGAUGCAGGAAGUGAUGUGGCGCAGCUCAAAACCACGGCCAAAAAGUCACCAGACGGGAAGUUCUACAUUGUGAAUGGCUACAAGAAGUGGAUUACAGGAGCACCAUACGCCUCUCAUAUGACGACAGCCGUGCGUACAGGCGGCCCCGGGAUGAGCGGUCUUUCAGUCCUAGUGAUUCCUAUGAACAGCCCGGGUCUAUCUCAUCGUCGUAUUCCAAACUCGGGCCAAAAAGCUGGCGGCGCUUCCUUCAUUGAGCUUGACAACGUCAAGGUGCCCGUUGAGAAUCUCAUUGGUAAAGAAGGCCAAGGUUUCAAGAUCAUCAUGAAGAACUUCAAUCGAGAGCGUUAUGUUAUGGCAAUCGGCUGCAACCGUCGAGCGCGGGACUGCAUGAGUGACGCGUUUGCUUACGCUCACAAGAGGCAUACAUUUGGCAAGCCGUUGAUCACUAAUCAGGUCAUCAGGGCGAAGAUAGCUCGCAUCGCGAGAGAUGUAGAGUCUCAUUGGGCGUGGCUUGAGCAAAUUGCCUACCACGUGAACCUUUCAGAAGAAAAAUGGGAAUCGCAGGAGAUAGCCGGCCGAAUUGCGCUUGCCAAAGUGAUGGGCGGCAAGCUGCUAGAGAAAGCUGCACGCGAGGCUCAACAGAUCUUCGGUGGUGCAGGCUACCAGCGGGGAGGAGCUGGCGCCAACGUUGAGCAAACUUCGCGGGAUUUGAGGAUGAUGGUCGUCGGCGGCGGUUCGGAAGAGAUCCUAAAUGAUCUUGCCGUCCGGCAAGAGAUUUUGAAUGCGACGAAGCGAGGAUGGAAACCUCGUUUGUAGACAAGUGUCCAACAGCAUAAUGAUCAGGCUUUCAUUUUCGGUAUCUGUCCAAGUCAAAUACAAGCCCGACUGCUCCGCCCUACGUACUUCAUCGCAUUCAAGAGCGACGAGGACAAAGUACGACAUGUACUCCCUACCCUACUUUAUUUGCAUAAAGAUUUAGGAUCGAAUGGACAGACGUAUUUUUUUCA